AGUUAAACGUUCCGUUGCCGCUGCCAUUCGCUCGAAUCAGUUCGCCCGCGGGUCUUUCGCCGAAUCAGCGUCCGAGACCUACUCGCAUGGUCAUCUUGUGCCUCAUGGAUGCUUGAACACGUGACGAACAGGUUUACCGAAAGUUCAAGCCGGUUUCCUAUCCGAGGAAUUGACGUUCGAUUGUGGGGUUGAUUCAAACGAACAAGGAAUGCUGGAAAUCUGUGCGUGUGUAAUCAUGCACGUUUGAAUGCCUGACAUUAACAUUUUCGUUCAAAAUGCGUGAUGAAGUGCUCGUUUAGUUCUCAAAAAUCAACGUAUUGUUUUUUAAAACAGCGUAAGUCUCAUGGUAUGUUUUCACUCGCGGAUGUGUUUGCAACGUUCCUGCGUUUCGAAUAAAAAAAGGUUUUUUGAACGCGUUAUCCCAGUGCAAUAAAGGAAGUUUAUAGUUCAGUAAGUGAAAUCUAAGGAAUGAAAGCUUGAAUUCAAGUGUGUAAAAAUGCAUUCUAAGCGCCGUUCAAUUUUAUGCGUGGUAGGUUCUUGAUUCUUCAAAGAAACAUUUCGGUUUAACAUAAUUUGACGCUUGAAUAAUUACCGGAAAUUAUUUUGACUUAAGGGAAUGCUAUCUUAUCAAUGUUCAAACCUUGAUAAAAUCGCGUUUAACGAGGGAAAAAAUGUGUGCAAUUUGUUCCGGGUCUUAAAGUACAUUUCAAAUCCUUAAAGGUCAUAACCGUUGUUAUUACUUUAUCUUCUCUAAACGUUUUUGUCAAGAAUUUGUGAAUAAUUUGGUGCAAUAAAGCAAUUACAAAAUGUUGCCUGUAAGUUUUGGAAAAUAUUCGAGCUGAUUUAAAGACAAUCUUGUGCGGAUCAAAAACCGCAAGACGGAUGUUAAAAAUGCUUUCCACCGACUUUGACAGUGCACCGAAGCCGUCGGUAAGAAUGCCCGCGUGAUUAUAAUGCCUGAAAUUUCCUCCCGGAGCCUGCGAAACGACCUUCAAGAAUGACGAUGAUGAUGAUGCAGCGAUUACUUCAAGAAAGUAACGACCACGCGGAGGCGGACCUCACCAAGUACUCGUACCCGGAGCCCAAAGGCCUGGAGCCCCCGGUGCCCCCCUCGAAAGCCCCCCGGCAGGAGAAGGCCCCCGAGCAGAAGCGCGGCCUGAACCACCACCCAAGCUCGGCCUUCCUCAAACCGGUCCCGGUCAACGACUCAACGCUCAACUCACCGAUGACCGAGAACCCGACGGAGAGCCACCCGGACGAUGAGGAGAUGGCCUGCGACGAUGUCAACGGCGACAUCGAGGUGGGCUCACCGGUGGACCUGACGAAGGGGUCCUCGUUGGCGGUGCGGCUGACGCUGGGCUCGCCGGUUCGGUCGUCGGCGGAGGACUUCUCGGCGGACGACUCGUGUCCGAUCGCGUCUUCGGACGAGGAGGCGGCCCGCGACCACGAGACGUUCCUGAAGAACCAGAGUUCGGGGUCGAGCGAGCGGCGCCCGGGCGAGAGGCGGCUCGCGUUCUCCGUGGAGAACAUCCUGGACCCGAACAAGUUCACCGGGCCCAAGCAGGAGGGGCCGGAUGCCUUCAUCCACCGCUUCCAGAACCCCUGCCACUGGCGACCACACUUGGAUCACAUCGGCUCCGAGUUCAGCCACUCAGGUGGGGACAUCUCGCGGCCUUUCUCGGACUCGCUGGUGGACGACGAGGAGGAGUCCCUGGGCGACGGCGGUCUCUCGGACGGGAGCGAAGAGCGGGAGGGUGGAGGACACCCGGACACGCCCGGGAGCGGCGGCGGGAAGCCGAAGAAGAAGUCGCCCUCGCACAAGGGCGGGGGUGGCGCCUCUGGGCCGGGCGACUCCAAGGGCUCCAGCGGCGGGAAGCCCCGGCGCGCCCGCACCGCCUUCACCUACGAGCAGCUCGUCGCCCUCGAGAACAAGUUCAAGACCACCCGAUACCUCUCCGUCUGCGAGAGGCUCAACCUCGCCCUCAGCCUGAGUCUCACAGAAACACAGGUGAAAAUCUGGUUCCAGAACCGGCGGACCAAGUGGAAGAAGCAGAACCCGGGGAUGGACGUGAACAGCCCGACGGUGGCGCCCUCUCAGUCGACGACGGGGCCUCCGUUCUUCCACCCGCUGGCCUACUCGGCGGCCCACCACUACCCCUCGUCGGCCUCCUUCGCCGCCGCCGCCUCCGCCAACCAGACCUACGGCGCGGUCGCCGCCGCCGCCUACUUCCACCACCUGGGCGCCCACCACUCCAGUCUCGGCCACGGACACUCCUCUUGAAACUGAAACAGGAAGGAGAACUUGGAGACUCCCAUCAAGGUCCCUUAUGGUCAAUCAUGGUCCCUUUUAAUCAAGGGCUAGGUUGGCGCUCCUUAAUGAAAAAUGAUACACUUGGACCGUGCCAAGCAGAAACAA